CCACCCUCGAAUCCUUGGAGUUUUUACUAUCGAAUUUUUGGUGUGUGUCCAUAUCCUGCAGCUCCCAGGGCGUAGGAUUAAAAUUAAGCCAAAAGCCACGAAAAAUUAGUGUUAAACAUGGCCAAAUAGAUUCAGAGCAGGAAAACCUACAAAUAAGUGUGUUAAUAGGGGUUAAAAGAGUCAAAUUGAAUCUUUUUGCUCUGUCCUUACCGCGAGUGUGUCACGCAUUUCUUUGUGCUUUGCUUUUUUCCGGAGGCCAGACAAAGAAAGUUAUGAGAGUUGUGCAACUAAAUGGAAAAAAAUCAUACAACGAAUAACAGUUUAUGGGAAAAAUAGAUAGCUUACCGCUGCAUAAUGAAAGGCGUAGUUCUGGCUGCAUUCCUUUCCCACCCCCCACAACGCCCUAAAGUAGGCAAAGUGGAAGUAAACACGCACACAGAUGCGACCGUUGGAAAAUCGAUAAUCCGUGCGUGUGACUGCGCGUGCAAGUGUGAGUGAGACCAAUGCCGGUGUGUUCUAUCGACCGACUGGCACAAUAACAACAACAAGCUGUCUGGAAGGAGUACGUGUGCGUGAGAGCGAGACAGCAGUCGCGAACAGCAGGACAAGUGUAAACAAAGUUUAAAAGCACAAAAAAGAGAAACAUAACAACGAAACGAAAAAGUUAAUACUGAAUAUCAUAAAUCCCAAUACAGCACAAUCAUUAUUCGCAACAUUAUACGCGGCCAAAGGAAUUACUACACGAAUGCCAAUCAGCUUUUUCUGAGCAAAAUGCAGACGCUGCGCAAGAAAACGAGUCCUUGUAAAUAUCGCAAUGAUCCGGGACGCUUUUUCGGCGAUGGCGUUCAGUUCAAGGCAAAGCUCAUCGGCAUUCUGGAGGUGGGCGAGGCCCGAGGCGACAGGAUGUGCCAGGAGGCUCUGCAGGACCUCAAGAUGGCCAUCCGGGCGGCCGGGGAGCACAAGCAGCGGAUAACAAUCCACGUGACGAUCGAUGGUCUGCGGCUGAGGGAUGAGAAAACAGGGGACUCCCUGUAUCAUCAUCCGGUGCACAAGAUCUCCUUCAUUGCCCAGGAUAUGACGGAUUCGCGGGCCUUUGGCUACAUCUUCGGAUCGCCGGACAGCGGGCAUCGGUUCUUCGGCAUCAAGACGGACAAGGCGGCCAGCCAGGUGGUGCUGGCCAUGCGCGAUCUCUUUCAGGUGGUCUUCGAGCUGAAGAAGAAGGAGAUCGAGAUGGCGCGCCAGCAGAUCCAGGGCAAGUCCCUGCACGACCACGCCAGCCAGCUGGCCUCCCUGUCCUCGCUGAAGUCCGCUGGUUUGGGCGGCAUGUCGUUGGGCCACUCGGACUUGGCCAGCGGAGGCAUCUCCUCCAAUCAUGCUCUCACCCUGCUGGGCAGCAGUCUCAGUGCCUCGAAUGGAACGAGCAGAUUGGGCGUCAAUCUGGAUGUGGCCAAGGCAUCGGGAUCGGCAGCUAAAGAGGUCUCUCCCGAAUCCGUGGCCGAUCUGGUGGACCUGGAGCAGGAGUUAACCUCGCUGCAGCGGGGAAUCAGUCAAAUGGAACGGAUUACGCCCAAUGAACCCAAUGCUUUGACAUCCAGCGGUGGUGCUGGUGCUGCUGGCCAUCCCUCGUUGGCCAAAUCCGCCAGCGAGGAUGAUCCCUUCGGCGACUCGUUCAUCUAUGUGCCCUCCUACAGCAUUCUGCCACCGCCACCGGAUUCCGGACGCAACCGGCACAAGGUGCCCAACAAAACACCCGAAACGGUGGCCAGUUUGGAUGCCAUGCUGUCGCCGCCGCCAGGUGCAAGUACAUCUCAAUCGCCGGCCACCGCAGGACUCCAGGCAGCGGAUAAUGACGAUGACAACUGGCUGCAGGAGUUGGACCAACAGAACGAUGUCUUCGAUACAACCAAAGUGGUGGGCAGCAGUGGAUUGGGUUCGGUUUUGGCCAUGGCUCCGUUGGCUUCCAGUGAAUCAACGGCCACGCCCACUCAACAGCUGUCGGAGGUGGCUGCAGGAUCUGGAGCUUUGGGUGAUCUGGAUAUUGGUUUGGGUGCGUCGUCGGGAAACGAGGAACAUGCCGCGGCGGUCUUGUCUUUGGAUGCGUUCACGGAUCUGGAUCCGCUGGGCACGGGACGCACCAGGCCGUAUGUCGAUAAGAAAUACUUCUUCCAAGAGCUGAAGAAUCCGCCCAAGAAGCUGCUCAAGGAGCUCAGCUCCGGCAGCCAGGCGGGUCUCGGUCUGGGUCUCUCCUUGGGUCAGCCGGAUGUCCUCUUUCCGGAGGACGUCACCGCCAUCUCCACCACCACCACCACCACCACAGCUACUAACAUCAUCGCAGGAAAUCCGCUGCAGAACUCGGCUAACACACUAACCACCACCGCUAGCACCGCCGCCAGUCUGGGCCAGCUCCUCUCCUCCGUUGCUUCCAAUUCCCAAUCCUAUCCCAAUUCCAAUCCCAAUCCGAAUUCCAUUCCCAUUUCAAGUUCCAAAUCCCAUCCGGAUGCCCUGCCAGCUCCCAUUUGCAUACCCACGUCCAUUUCCCACUCGAUCACCCCGAGCGCCGAGCUGAAACUGUUGCUCGGCCAUGUCACUAAUCCUCCUAAUCCCACCGGCCACUAUUAUACCGCAGAACCACCAACGCUGACCACGCUCCCGACGCUGGAGGAUCCUCGUCCGCCGGCGGAUCCGGUGCUGCUGCCCAGGGACACGGAUCCGUUCUCGCCGACGCGCAAGAAGAGCGAUCCCGAUCCCUUCCAGGAGGGCGAUCUCUUCGCCAAGCUGGAUGCCUUCGAGUUCGAGGCGCCGCCUUCCGUUCCGGCUCCCUCCAUUCCAAGUUUGCCAUCGGAAUCCAAGGCGGCCGUCUUCAAUGGCCCACUUCAGGUGCAAUUGCCACCCGAGAAAGAGUUGCAACUGCAACAGCCACCGAGCACGGUGAGGAAUCGCCCGACGGCCUCUGUUUCCGCCAUGCCCAGUGGUGGACCCCUGGACGUGAUCUCCAGCAUUAGCAACAAGAAGAUGCCGCAUCUCUUUGGCCAAUCGCGUUCAUUUGGGAAAUCCGGAUCGGAUAUUGGUUCCAGUGUGAAUAUGCGACGAUUGCAGGAGAGCGAUUCCCUGAGUGAAACGGAGGCUGCUCCGGAGCCACCACCUCGUCCGGACUCCACUCCCUACUCCGAACCACCUCCUCUGCCGCCGAAGAAGCAGUUCAGCGACCUGGUCAUCCGACCGUCGUCCUCCAAUCCCACUCCUCCGCCAACAGCUGGAAGAUACGAGUACUUGAACAGCAGUUCCACUGCGAGGAGAACUCUCUCAUCGGUGGAUGCACCACCCAUUCCACUCCCUUCGCGUCGUGUGGGUCGCUCCGAUGGAUGUUUUCCGGGUCCGGGAAGACCGAGGAAGCCCGGUCACACCGAGGACGACUACCUGGCGCCGCUGGGAGCUCCACCACCCCUGCUGCCGCCUCCCAGCCAGGGAUCCUCGGCUCGGGCGAGACCGCAGAGGCAGGCUUCACUGGGCAGACCGCAGGAUAUCUACGAAAACAAGGCGGAGAUCCUGCAGGCUCAGGCGCAAGCGCAGCAGGAAGCCAAUACCAAAUCCCUGGCUCCCGACAUAACCCUUACCCAACUGCUUACCCUGGGAAUGGAUGAUCUGGCGGUGAAGCUCAACGUUCCGGCCAGCAAGCUGAGCACCAUGACUUUGGUCCAGCUAACAGCCUAUCUUUCGGAGUAUUUGUCCAGCGAGAAGAGUUCACAGGUGAACAGGGAAUCCUCGCCAGCCAAUCCAGUUGCUCCAGUUGCUCCCGUUUCCACAGCGGCGGUGUUCAAGGUGAACUUCGAUCAGCAGACCUCCUUUGUGGCCAAGUUCGAUGACACCUUCGGUGAGGAUGAGCUGGUGAUGCCAGCCACCAACUCGGAUUCCACCUUCGUGGCCAACUUUGCCAACUUCAAUGAGGCUCCCGCUCCCAUUCCCGUGGCGGGUGCAUCGCCAGUGGUGCCCACUGUGCCGCCAGCGGAUCGAUAUGCCGUCUUCCGCGAGAUCAUCGAUCAGGAGCUCCAGCAGCAGCAGCAGGAAACGGAUCUGAUGGGUGAUCUAACACCUCCUCCAGUGGAUGAAACCCAAGUUAAGGAGAUCGCCGACUCCCUGGAGGUGAACAGCGUGGGUGCCGAGUUGCCAAUCGAUGCGUUGGAUGUGAAGCCAGCGCCCAAGAUUGAUACAAAGAUCACCGAGGUGGUUGCUCAGGCCAAGGAUCGUUAUGCUGCUCUGAGGGACAUCAUCCUGGUGGAGAACCUCUUCGAUAAGCCAACGGUUGCCGCUCCAGUGGAGAAGGAGAAGGAUCUGCUGCAGGACUUCCCGGAGUUCAGCGAUGAGUUCAACGAGGAUCACGACCUGCGGCAGAUCAUGGAUCAUCAGGAUCACCAGCAGAUCCCGCAUUCCCGGGAUCGCCAUGGUCUGGUGGACAGCCGGGGCUUCCCAACCGAACCUUCUUCCUCGGCUUUAACAGUGGGCGACGAUGACGAGGACGAGGAUGUGGAUGCGGGUGGCGAGAGCAGCCUGGACAGCAAUGAAAAGGAUGCGGAACCCGUGAGCGGGCAGGAUCAGUACGAGAAGCUGACCACUUCCACGCAGCAAUUGGACGUGGCUGCUCCGGUUCUGGAGGAUGUGCAGCAGCAUCAGCAGCAACAGCAGCAAUCCCUGCCGCCCAAGCAGGAUCAGAAAUUCCUAUCCGUGCUCACGGCUCCUGGUGGCGGAACCAAAGACGACAUCGAGAUCGAUGAGCUAAUGCAUCGCGCCAUUUCGAAUCUCUCGCUGGACUCCAGGGAUCGCAUUUCACCCGCCACCUCCUCGGCGGCUCCAUCGCGAGGAGCUCCGGGAUUGCACACUCCAUCGCAGUUCAACGAUGUCAGCACCUCGCCCAUUCCCCUCCAGAAACCCAACCAGAUGGUACCCUCGCCAGUGCCAUCGCAACUUUCGGCGGUUUCCCAGCUCAUCGACACGGCCACCAAGCAAAUGAUGGGCGACAAGGAGCGCGAGAAGCAGUCCUGGGCCACCUUCGAUUCCCCCAAGGCGAAGGGCAAGGCGAGGUUAACGCUGCCGCCGCCACCGCCUCCCGCUUCCAACACCUCGCAACCGGAUACGGUGGAGUCGCCCUGCAGCUCGGAUCCCCGCGACGAUGGCUGGUCGAAGCAGCAGCGACGCUGGGCGAAGAAGGAGCGCCAGCAGACCUCCUCCUCCUCCCGAGAUCUCAGUCCCUGGGACGAUGAGACGCCCGAGUAUCUGAAGCGUCGCCAGCUGGCUGCCGCCCAAAUGGCACAUCCUCACCAGCCGCAGAUGCCGUCGCAGCCGCAGCACACGGAUCGCCAUGGCUACUACAUGCGACACGCAAGGCGGAUGAACUCCUGCGACGAGGAUUACGAUUACGAUGCGGAGUUCAUGGCUCGUAGAGAUCAGCAGCAACAGCAGCAGCGGAAGUUCAAGCACGGUCUCUCCCGCAGCAGGGAUAACUUUGAUCUGGAAUCCCCCAGCUGGUACCAUCACCCAGCGCAUCACACUUGGUCGCCGCAGGAGAUUGAACAAGCGAGGGCUCGAUCCUUUGAGCGCGCUGCCUACGAGCGAUCCAGCUAUGGACCACCACCGCCCAUCUACGACAAACGUGGCCAGCUGAGGAGCAAGUACCGCGGGGAUCACAGGGACAGGGACCGAGAGCGAGAUCGCGACCGGGAGUACCGGGACUACGCGCGUCCCAGCUACGAUUUCGAUUACGAGAAUGUGUACGAGGAGCGCGGCGGACGUUCGCCGAUGGCCUACAAGCCGGGCAGAGGUGGCGGCGAUUACCUGUACGACAGGGAGAGGGACAGAGAUCGGGAACGCGAACGCAAGUCCUUCGAUCGGGAGAGUCUCGAGUCCUACGAAAGUGCCACCAGGCGUCGUCGCAGUUUCGGCAGUGGAAACGAUGUCUACGGCAGCUUGGAUAGCCGUGAUGAUUACCGCGGCGAAAGGGAAAGGGAUCGGGAGAGGGAUCGGGAGCAGAUAAAGACCCGAUCUUUAAGAAAACCCACAACCACGUCGGGCAAACUGAGGAUCAGCGGUGACAUCGACUACGAACAGGAUUCGGAGCAGGACUUCCAGCAGCGAUCGGGUGUGAGGAGUCUACAGCGACCCAGUCAACUGGGUGGGGAUGUGGUGCUGCCCUCCAGUGCGGUGGUGGGUCCACAGCGAUUGCGCAAGAGCAGCGGCUCCAGUCCUUGGGAUGGCGAAGAACCCGCUUUGCCUGGCCAGAAAUCCUGGAAGCGUCCAGGCAGCGCUGCUGAAACCGAAAGACGUUUGGCGGAGAGUCGAAGGGCAGCUGCCUUGGGUCAAACUCCAUCGGAUGGUGAAAAAGAGAGAAGAUUCCGCAAGAAGACCCGCGCCCGCAGUGCCAAGGAUUUAGCCACAGUUGGUGCUCCUAGCGCUGGCACCUCCGCCCCCUCGAGAUCCGGCUAUGGGCGUGGCAUCCGGGACAACUACGACUAUAUGUGCCCGGGUCAGCGCAACGAUGACGACGACGAUGAUGACGAGGACUAUGUGGACGAUGAGCCGCCAACGGAUGAGGAUAAGUUCGAGAGGUUGAACCGCCGGCGACACGAGAUGCACCAGCGGAUGUUGGAGUCGGAGCGCCGGCAAAUGGAGCGCCAUCAGCCACCGUCGCUGGCGAAGCUUCCCGGCCAGAAUCGCAGCCGCGGCGUGGUGGUGAAUAGUGACUAUGGGUUUGUGGACAGCUACGAGCAAACGCCAACGCCCACGCCACGUUCGAAUGCGAGUAGCACUGGACCCGGUGGCCUGAUGAUGAGCGGCGGGGAAUCCUCCGCCGGCGUGACCAGUUCCAAGUUCAAUUUCGACGAUGGCUUCGAGUCGGACUUCAAUCAGAGUUCACCGCCGCCGGCGCCAGCCGGCACCGCCUCCAGUUGCAAUUCCACGCCGGCGGGUCCAGUUUCGGCCAGUGCAAACAAUGGAGGAUCGAAGAGCCUGUUCCGCUUCUCCAACGAUUUCUCGGAUCGCGAGAAGCGGGAGCAGUUCGAGAUGGAAACGCCGCCGACAUCAACGCCGCCAAUUACGCAGAAGCUGCGAUUCGAUGACAAUGUGAAGGUGUCGCAGUUCGAUGACGCUGCCUUCGAAGAUGACUUCGCCAAGGCUUCCUUUGACUUCGAGAAGGAACAGGGAAAUGUUCCGGGAGCUGCAGGAGCCGCAGCAGCUGGAGGAUCGGGUGCCAUGAGCCGAAAGCAGAACAUGCGAACCAGCAAGCUGCAGCAGCGCCAAGAGCUCAUCAAGAAGUCCGAAUCGGUGAAUAUAUUUGCCAAGAAGCAGGAGGAUCCCUUCGAGGACGACGAGUUCUUCAAGUCGCCGGACCAGGAGCACGCGAAUCAGGAGCAGCACAACGAGGAUGCGGACGGGGGCAAGUUCCAGUGGAACGAGGACGCGAACUUUGCCAAGUUCGAUGAAAACAUGUGAUUUGACCAACU